AUGUUGGGUGUGAAUGAUUUCCCUGGCUCGGGACUUUUAAUUGUAGGUAGCGGUGUUGGUGUUGCUAGCAGUGGUGGUGGGGCAGGAGUUGGCCAGGGAAGUGUUGGAACGGGUGCAGUGAGCGGCGGUGCUCCCAAACGGCAUGGCAGCUUUUCGAAUGUUUUCUUGAAGUUGAUCGAUGGUAUGCCCGCCGGUACAAUGUUUUCGAAAUUCAAGAGUGCCAAUACGGCAUCGACAUCAUUGCAAAAUAUCACCGAUGCGAAUCCCAUUAGCCAGUACUUUGAGAUUGGUGAGCAGGUGGCAUGUGCGGGCCCCGAACUGGUGUGGCGAAUACAUGACGGCUACCGGAAAAGUGAUGGCAAGGCGUGUUCAAUAUUCGUUUUCGAGAAAAAAAUAGCAGAAAAGCUACUCAAACCGAGACGCAAGGAAAUUGUAACCGAAUUGCUGAAAAAUUCUGUUAAGACAAUGGAAAGAUUUCGUCAUCCAAAGAUUCUGCAAGUUUUGCACACAGUGGAAGAGUCGACGGAUACACUGGCUUUUGCCGCUGAGCCUGUUUUCGCCAGUCUCUCUAAUAUUUUAGCUUUUCAUGCGCAUUUGAACAUUGUGCUAUCGGAGAAACGAAAUCUCUAUGAGUCGAUGUUGAUGGCAGUGGAUCGUUUGUAUGAACUAUAG